AGUCAUUUGUCAUUACGUGGCCCUUCAAACAGAAUCCGAUGUUCUGAAUAAAUAGUGUAUCUAAAAGAUUAAACAAAGCUGUUAUAGUUAUAAAACAAAAUAAUAAAAGAACAUAUUAGUUUAGCAGAAUAAUUAGCCAAUAUGUAUAGCUCUUACAAAUUAUUAUGGCUUAUGUCAACAAUUUUAACAACAUUAUUUUCUCAUACAAAUUGUUAUACUAUAACAGUUGAUGCACACGCCGAAGAAUGUUUUUUUGAAAAUGUUGAAGCUGAUACGAAAAUGGGAUUAUCAUUUGAAAUAGCAGAAGGUGGUUUCUUAGAUAUAGAUGUGAAAAUUACCGGUCCCGAUGGCAAUAUUAUACAUAGUGGACAGAGAGAAUCCUCUGGUAUUUACACAUUUUCAGCUGCUACUUCAGGUCGUUAUACUUACUGCUUUAGUAAUCAAAUGUCUACAAUGACCCCUAAGGUAGUAAUGUUUAACUUGGAAGUUGGAGAACCACCAAAUAAAAAUGCUAAUGAAAAAGUUGAAGAGGUGAACCACAACAAAUUAGAAGACAUGAUCAAAGAGCUAGGAACAACACUUAAAACUGUUAAACAUGAGCAAGAAUAUAUGCAGGUGCGUGACCGUAUCCAUCGUGCGAUCAACGAAAGUACAAAUUCUCGUGUGGUUAUGUGGUCUAUUUUUGAAGCCUCUGUACUUCUUGUCAUGACGCUAGGACAAGUUUACUAUCUAAAAAGAUUCUUUGAAGUACAACGUGUUGUCUAACAAUUGUUUGUUUCAUAGUAAGUUAAUAGUAUAUAAUAAAUUUUUAUAUUGAUGACUGAAAGUAUGAAACAGUUUCAGUGUGUAGUGUCCUGAUAAUUUGUGCGAAUACAGAACAUUAUUUAUUAUUAUUUUGUGGCAAUAAGUUGAUACUAAGUUAUGAUAAAAUUCUAAAAAACCAACAGAUUUAACUUGCUAGUAGUUAUAUCAACAAAUUAACUGAACUGGAUGCUGGAUAUGGAAAUUCAGUAUUAUGAAAACUUAACAAGAUACUUUCCACUCGGGUAGAGAAAUACUCCAAUUUUUUCAUUGAAAGAGAAAAUUACCACAAUUUUUAACAUUCUUCCUAUAGUUUUUGCACAAAAAAAUAUUAGAAAAAUGUUCAGUUUUUUUCUUUCGAAGUAAUAUUUUCAUGAACAUCACUAUUAAAAUAUUUAUUGUAUGUAUAAAAAUCUAAACUAUUUUGUGGAUCUGUCUAUACAAGCAUUAAUUGCAAAAUUGGUUUAAAAUAGUAUAAAAUAUGUUUAUGUAUUGUAUUUAACGGUUUCAAAAUCAUUUGGAUAAAUUAAUUUUUU